ACCACAAGGUAUAAUCAUCUUAUAAGUGUUGGAGAAAGGAAAAAGAACGUUAGAAAUUGAUCAGACGAGAAACGCAAGAACGUUCAUCAGUGGGAUCAUUGUGAAACUAGUAAUAAUGAUGAACAGGAAAGAAGUGGGUGAGGGUUUUCGUGCACCUAGGAGGAUUUCUAAUUGCUUCAAGGACAGAGACGAGGAGCUCUCGUUCUUUCGGGACCUCCAGAAACGCCAGAAAGAUCAAGUCGCCAGCCUUCUUCAGCCUGUUUCUGAAGAGUUUGAAGAAGCAAAUGGAAACUAUGGGCUCUACAGAAUGGAUUCAGGAGGAAGAAAAGGGAGUGGGCUUGAAUUUCUUGGUGAGAGUGGCAAAAAUGACCUCAACUGGUUGAAAACACCGCCAGCAACGCCUCUCUUUCCGUCCCUUGAGAUGGAAACAAACGGCCAAGAACUUGUAGUUCAGAGAGAGUUACCAAUCAUCCAGCCUCGUACGAGGUUUGCAGCUAAUCCAGAAGGAACAAAAACAGGGCUGAACAGAUCAACGUCCCCCAUUCCAAAGUCAAAACUUCCCCAACGACACAAGACACCUAAUGGGAGGCCGAGCUUAUCAUCGUUAAUUGACAAGAAAAGCAUGAAAAGCGCACCAACGAUGAUCCAGACAACCAGCACGGUUCCUGAUAAAACGAAGCAAGUUAUCAACCCAGUUGUUAAGGCCACCAUCCACAAAGAAAGCCACCCGAACUUUCCAGCUUCAAACCUGUCAAAAAGCAUGGGAACAGAACCAAAUUCAAGUGCAACGCCCAAAAGCAAAGGCGUUUCACCUUUCGUUAGGCAAAAGAUCCCCGGAUUUUCAGACGAGACGCCUCCUAAUCUCAGAACGACAAAUAGGCCAGCAUCAGCAACUCGAGGAAGGCCGACGAAUCAAAAUCUUUCAACCCCACAAAAAGAGGACAGGAUUUUGAAGAUCAGAAGGCAAUCAUGCUCCCCAAGUGUGACCAGGGGUCGGAAAUUGGAGGCGAAUGGAAACACAAGUGAUCAAACUAACGCUGUUGGCAAAGCUCGACAAGCUGGAAACAGGGCACAAGUUUUAGGUAGUCGGAUGGUGGACAGGUUUAUGAAUGCAAGAAUCUCCAAUGCAGAAGAGAUACGAGCAAAAAUAAAACUGAACGGAUCGAUGAACGAGAAUUCCACAGUUCCCAAAGGUGAAGCAAGACAAGUUAACGUUAAGUUGAAUGAUUCCAUGAAUGAGAACUCAGGCUUUGGAAGGUUGAUGUCAAGGAGUUCACUUGAUAUGGCUCUCAAACACAUGGAAUUUGAAAGAGAUGGAAGCAGUAGCCGCAAGCAUGGCAUGGUACCUGGAAGAAAAUAUUGAGCCAUCAAGAGCAUCUCAAGACUGCUGCAAAAAGGGAAAUGAGGCAUAUAUAUAUAGCUAGAGAGAACUGCUCAAACCAAAAUCACUUCACUAUAUAAACAAGAGAGAGGAGAAUUACAUAUGUUAGUUCACUCCUUUAAUUUAGGGCUUAAUGGAAUCUACCCACGUGAUAUUACAAACGAUCAAAUUAUCUCUUUACGAUAAGAAAAGAAUAAUAAUUUAACUCCAUGUACUUUUUAAAAUAGUGUGAUUUACCUCUCUAUUUAAGGGGGUAAAUUGCUGCAUUUUGAAAAACACAGAGGGAUAAAUUGUUGUAUUAUAAAAA